AUGUCAUUGGUGCGCCGGACUGCACACAGAUACGAAUUAAACGCCCCUCAGGGGGAUAAUGUCAACAGAAAAUUCUUCCACAGUAUAAAUGUUCAGAUGAUCUGUGAUGCUUCCUGCAUCUUUACAAAUGUGGAGGCAGAGUGGCCUGGGUCUGUCCACGACUCCCGAAUUUUUAGGUUCAGUACCAUUUCCCAACGACUAUCACAAGGUGAAUUCGCUGGCGUUCUUUUGGGAGACAAGGGUUAUGCCUGUGAGACAUACCUUCUCACCCCCCUUGCAGACCCUCAGACAGCAGCACAGCAAGGAUACAAUCUUGCUCAUUCAAGAACAAGGGCCCGAAUUGAAAUGGGAUUUGGCCUUCUUAAAGCACGUUUCCAGUGUCUCCACCACCUGAGGGUCACCCCAGAAAGGGCCUGUGACAUCACCGUUGCCUUCACCGUUCUUCAUAAUAUUGCGUGUCUGAGGAAGGAAAGUGCUCCUGCAUUGGCACCGGAGAUUGAGGGAGAUCAAUACAUUCAUUAUUUUAAAUGA